CCACUGUUUGUAGCAAAACAGAACAAAUGGCUUGUGUUCUGCGGCAUGUAAUUAUGACCGUAACCGCCGUCUACAUAGGCGGAGGCAGAGAGCCGAGCAAGCAGAAGCUCAACUGCAUGAAGGUGAACGGGAGCAAGAGCCUUGCGGCCGCGAAGAUGGGGUUGUUGAGGCAGGAUCAUGCGAUGCCUAUGCCUUGUACCGGUGGAGUGGAUGAGGAUGUGUUGGAGGAGCAUCUCCGGCAGAAUAUUCCGAGGAGGAAACAGAUGGUGGAUCCGUAUAGGCAUGGCGAGAUCGUGGAUGAGGGAUUUGGGUACAGGCAGACGGUGGUGAUUCGAUCUUAUGAAGUUGGGGCAGAUAAAACUGCCACCAUUGAGAGCCUUUUGAACUUGCUUCAGGAAACGGCGCUGAAUCAUGUGUGGAUGUCAGGACUGUUGAGCGAUGGAUUUGGAGCUACUCAUGGAAUGAUGAGGAAUAACCUCAUUUGGGUUGUUUCAAGAAUGCAAGUUCAAGUUGAUCAUUUCCCAAUCUGGGGAGAGGUGAUGGAGAUUGACACAUGGGUUGGAGCAUCGGGGAAGAACGGGAUGAGGAGAGAUUGGCUUCUGAGAAGCCAAGCCACCGGCAUCGUAUUCGUACGAGCAACAAGUACGUGGGUGAUGAUGAACAAGGAGACGAGGCGUCUUUCGAAGAUGCCGGAUGAGGUGAGGGACGAGAUCGCGCCAUGGUUCAUCGAGAAGUACACCAUAGAGGAAGAGAGCCCAGAAAAGAUCGAGAAACUUGACGACAAAGCACGCUACGUGCGCUCAAACUUGAAGCCAAAGAGAAGUGAUCUGGACAUGAACCAGCAUGUUAACAACGUCAAGUACCUCCGAUGGAUGCUCGAGACAAUCCCAGAUGAGUUCUUGGAGAAGCAUCAGCUUUCAGACAUAAUCCUAGAAUACAGAAAAGAAUGUGGGAGUUCGGAUGUGGUUCAGUCUUUGUGUGAGCCUCAAUUCAACGAGAACAUCGGUCUCAACGGGCACACAGUUUCCUCACAAAUCCUUCAAGGAAAUGGAUUGUUAGGAGCCAUAAACCAAAAGCUACUCAGUUACACUCAUCUGCUUCAGACAAAGGGGGAGAGCAAAAAUGAAGAAAUCAUAAGGGGGAGGACAACAUGGAGGGAGAAGAAACACGGUGCUAAACUCUUCCCUUCAUGAGAAAUCAUAACAGUUGUUUUUAAAGAAAAUACAGUACCAUCACCAGGAUCAUGAGUCAAUAUAUGUCAAGAAGCAUAAACCUAAAACGUGUCGUAUUCCCACCUGGUGAGGAAAAUCGGAACGAAAACUGUGUGCAAAUAAGUUGUAGUGUGCCAGUGCUGAGACUCGUGUUUUCUGGGGGCAAGCAGCGAAGCAGACACAGCUCAAGAAUCAUGAAACUAUUAUAAGCAAAUAUUUUUGAAUAGUAGGUGUGCGUGUGUGUGUGUGUGUGUGUGUUUGUAAGAUAAUUGUACAGGAAGGAUCACAGAUAAUUAGUAAUUCAUUGCUGUAUUGAUGAUCACUAUCAAAUAUCAUAAUAAAAAAAAUUAGCACAUGCAUGUCUACUCACUAGUAAAGGCAUGAAGAACAGAGUAGUACAAUGAUACGAGAACAUCACGAGUACAGAACGAAAGUUUGAUGAGAACGAGGGGAGAAAACGAAGCAAAAGUGUUAGAAAAGUUGGUAAAUGUAACCAUCCGAAGGGGAGUGUUAUAUUGCUAACUCAAUGCUUAAUUGUUAACUACAAUUCAAUAAUAGCCAUUAGAUAUUAGCAA